GUUUAUUUUUUAAACGUCACGUCGUUAUUUUUUUAAGACGUAACUUGAAAAUCUGUCGGCCCUGUGGUGAGGACUGGGGACAAGGCUAGUUACCAGUCCAUUAUCAGCCGAACGGUCAAGAUGGCGGUGGUUGUUGGAACUUGGUCUUUCAGUUUGGAAGCAGUAAAGUUGAUUUCCGACAAGCUGCGUGCUGGAAGCGUGGGGCUUGAUGCUCUCGAGAAUGGGAUCAACGGUAAGACCAGCAUUAAUUGGAACUGUUGGCUUGAAUUUUCUCAAAAUCGUCGAUGUUUCGGGCGUUUCACCGAUCGAUUCUGCACCGUCCAUUGCUGCCGGACCUUCUGCAACCCUGCUAGCUAUGUCGCUUCUAUCUUCCCUAGAUAGCUCGGGAAAGAAGAAGCCUUAGAUCGAAGCGACUCUGCUAGCAGGGUAGGCUGCCACUUGUAGUCAUAGAAGUUAUGGAAUGCAUACAUCCCGCGCUUUCAAUAUGACAUGUCUGUAUAAAAGCUAAGUGUCCACAAAAUGGAAGAUGAUGCAAAUGUCCUAUAAAUCACGGUCUUUGAUCAUUGGAAGGUUAAGGGAGCAUUAUUUAAAGUAAAGAGAUAAGCUAGCGUUGCGGUAAUUGAAUCCUUUUAAGGAUUUAAAAUUUUGCACACCCACAGCUUAAAAUUCUUAAAACAUUUCAGCCAGGUCUAGUCUUGUUAGGCCACUGAAAACGUCGUGCUGGGAGAGUCGAGAAAUUGAGGUUACAUGGCCAGAUUUUUAUUCGAUGGGGAAUAAAGUUUCCUUCUGACUAUUUUUAUCCGUUGCGAGCAUUCUUUUUUGGUCAGUUAAUUAACCGUGGCAUUUUCUCAGCAAAAGAAACCUUGUUAAUGACACCCCGAGUCAAGGAGCAAAGAAUUUCUUAGGGGUAUCAAAGUUUUAAAAGUUGAGGAACGAUUCUUCAGGGGUAGAGGGAAAAAUGUUUGAAUUCUUUAGGGGUAAAACAUUAAUUUGUUGGUGGAAAUCUUCAAGCGUGAACAAAGAUUAUUCAUGAAAUUUUUAUGGAAAAAAGUACCUUUGCGGAUAAUUAUUACAUGUAAUAACCCAUGUACAUGUAAGAUUUUACCACAAAAAAAUUACAUAUUUUUUUCAUCUUCAGCAUUUGAGGAAAAUCCUGAUACUGGGUGCUAUUUUGUUGGAAGAGGAGGAUUGCCCAACUCCAGUGGCAUAUUGGAGUGUGAUGCAGCUGUUAUGACAGGGAAAAGCUGUUGUUUCGGUGCAGUAGCUGCUUUGCAGGGGUAAGGUGACAGUAUGUAGUGGUUACUUACAGAUUGGGGGCUAGAACUGGUUGAAGUAAGAGUCUGUAACUAGAAAGCAAGAGAGGAUUUAUCCUCUCUUGCUAGAAAGUCCUUCAGAAUUCAGCUCUGAAAUUGUGUUUGCUCUGAGGUAGGAUGAUCCACCAAUUUGAAUAUUUUUUGGGGCAUUCAAGUGAUUCUAGUGUUUCCUAAUUUUUGACACAGAGCUGAUUGCCGAUUGUGCUAUUCUUUAAAUGGUGCUCUUUCAUUUUAGAAGCAAUUAUAAAUAAAAAAUAUUGCUCCAAACCUUGCUCCGUAGUCUUAUGACUUGUUUCUUGCCUUAUUUGAAAAACAUGGAUCCCUCAGCAGUUUUGGCUGAAACUCCUGUGAUGUGCGAUUUUCUUUGAACAGCAGGGUUUACUUAAGUGCUCCGUAAAAAAUAUUUACCAACUCAGUGUGAAAUCAGUUUAUUUCAUUUAUUGGCGAGUGAUAUCUGUUGUUCCUUUUUCAAAUUUUUGUAGCCAUCAUGUUCAAACCAAACAAAUCAAGAUGAAAAGUGUAUCACACACUGUAGCUCAAUGCACUUGUAUUAAUAACAGAGCCACCGCAUCACCUGGAAAUUUCAGUUUUUGUUAAGAGGAGAAACUAGAGCAUUGAUUGGCAUUAAUGCUAUGAUGAGGUAGAUUUCAUAAUUAUUAUGAAAUCUAUUAUUAUUAUUAUUAUUAUUAAAAUAACCAUCAUUUUAAUUUACAGAGUUGCAAAGCCCCUCGCAGUUGCGAGACAUGUUAUGGAGAACUCACCUCACAGUAUACUUGUGGGUCAAGGUGCACAGGAAUAUGCUGUUAAGAAUGGGUUUCCUGUGGAACCAAAUUUAGCACUGCAGACACAUGAAUCAAUAGAAGCAUUUGAGGUGAAGAAAAGUGAUUUAAGAUUUGCAUCUCUUGCUUUUAUUCUCCCAACCAGAGUGACGUGUUUUUUUAGUUGGUUGCAUGUUAGGUCUGUUGUUCUUAAACAGAAAAUAAAACAAUUCCGCACACAGAGUGAUAUUAAAUAGUCAUAAAUAAUAUUGCUGUUCAGUAAUGUGUUGAUUUUGAGCUAUUUUAUCAGCUAGUGAAUAUAUCCAUUUUGCUUUUCUUUUAACGUUUUUUAAUUCUUGCAGGUGGAAAAAAAUUGUUAUCUUACUCUUUCAAUUAAUGAGACAUUAAUAAUUAAAAACAAGAUGAUAUUAUUAUAAUCAGUAAAUAUUUAUUUAUAAGUACAAUUCAAUGUUCAUUUCUUAACAUCAUCAUUCAUGGUAAUAAUCAGAAAUGUUAAAAACUUACAACUGACAAUAAUCUGAAGGUACAUGUGUAUUGAUCAAAACAUGUCUGGUCUCAAAAACAAAAUGUUGUUUGCUUUACUAUGACUGUUUCUUUUGCAGUAGGAAUUUCUCAGAAAAUCAGACAAAGAUGUAGGAAGUCAUGACACUAUAGGUGAGAGCUAAAGCAUACAAGCCUUAUUAAGAAAUGCAUUGUAUUAUCCUUUAGACAUAUUCUGUAUUGUGUGGUUCCAGAAAAUAUCCAGACCCCCACCACGGAGGGAAUUGGAAAUUCCAGGGGGGUGGGGGGGUCAGAGGCCCAGGAAAUUCCAGGAGGGAGGGGGGUUGGACCAUAAAAUCACUUUCCAGGGGGGCAAUAUCAUUUUGUUUUCGAUCUGAGAUCGACCAUUGCUUCUUACCGACCUGGUAGAUCAUUUUUAGGACAUAAAUAUUUUGAAAUAUAUCACUUAAGAUUGUUCCUUUUAAUCUUAACCAGGUUUCCUUUCUUCCAAAAGCGUUUUGGAUGUAAUUUCAAAGGAAUUAGACCGACUACAACUCGUGUUAUCGCAUGCUCGUAUAUUCGGCCGCCAUUACUCGUUACCAGUCUUCCCCUAAACGUCAACGCAUGCAACACAUCACGCAACACAACACGUUGCGUCAGUCGAUCGAUAGAUCGGAAGAGUGGCAAUUUUGCCUCACGAAGCACAAGCUAUACAUUGUAACCAUUUUAGAAUGAAGAGUUUUUAUUCUCCUUUCCAUUUUCCCUUAAUUUUGUGGUUGAACGUCUGGCAUGUUCUUGAUCGAAUUCUCGCUGAAAUGGUGUCGAUUUCACCAAACAUUUAUACGGCCAUCGCGCAUCACGUCGCAUCAGUCGAUCGAAAAACAGUAAAUUGAACUUGGUUUCCCUUAAGUAUCUUCAAGAUGCAGGGGGUAUUCAUUGUUAUCAUUUCAGAAUUCAGAGUUUUUAUUCUCCUCUUUGUUGUGCAUUAAUUUUGUGGUCGUAAGUUUGACUUGUUCUGCAUUCCCGCACGAAAUGGCGUUACCGUAUUUAUUCGAAUAAGCGCCCAACCUCGAAUUAGCGCCCACCUCGAAUAAGCGCCCAUCUUAAAGGCAGAAAAAGGUAAUAAGCGCCCACCCCACCCCACCUUCCUCCCACUCCCACUCAAACUCAAAUUAGCGACCACCCCUAAAAUUGAAUAAAUACUAAUAAGAGACUUCCUCGAAGACGGAGUUUUCUUCAAAGUAUUUUACAGGAACCUUGCUUUGUUACAUCUUCGCGUUCUGUUAUUACCAUUUAUUGUUUUGUUGGAAAAUACACAUACUACACUUGCUGAAAAUGUUGAAAAUUUAAUAAGCGCCCAGCCUCGAAUAAGCGCCCACCUCGAAUAAGCGCCCACUCUCAAGGUCCAAAAAUUUAAUAAGCGCCCAGGGCGGUUAAUCGAAUAAAUACGGUAAUUCUAUCAACAUGCAUUACGCCCAUGAGACGAAUAACAAAUCGAAGCUUGCCCUGAUUAAGGUAAAUUCACAAAUAUAACCGACUUGUUAACUUUCUCUGUUUCAUUUAAAGUAAGAGAUGAGCAAAAAUUACAGAUCAGGUUACUUUGUGGUGGUGUAGUGUGUUUUAAUGUUGCGAGAUCACUCAAAUAAAUGGAUACAGAAGCAUGUUUACAAGCUUCUGAUGGAAACCGUUGGGUACUAACCAUAAGUUGCCUCAUUCUUCUACUUUAAUAGUCUUUCUUCGUGAAAAUGAACUUUUCCAGAGGGGUUGGGGGGUCUUUGUCACAUUUGUGGAAAUUCCGAGGGGGGGGGGGGUCAUCAGUUCCCUGCAAAAAUGGAAAAUCCAGGGAGGUGGGGGGGUCCUAAGUGAAAUUCCCUCCGUGGUGGGGGUCUGGAUAUUUUCUGGAACUACACAUUGAGUGAUUUUUGAGCUUACUGGCUUAUAGCCAGUAACACUCUAUGUCAGCACCUGGGUAAGAAUGAAUGUAAGGUCAUUUCUGUUGUCCUUGUAGCGCACGAUGUUAACGUGUCACCUUCAGACCCAAAGGUACCGGGUUCAAUACCUCUUAUCACCCUUUUUUAUUAGAAAUAUUUAAUAGAGUCUCUUUUCUUCUUAUUUUUUAAGAAGGAAAAAUUUUUGUAAAAAUAUUAGUCAAUGUUUCAGUGUAUCACACAUCGUUAUCAGUUAUUGAAGAGUGAGAAAUGUUAAGUUUCAAAGUUUUUUAUUAAAAAAGAGCUGAAGUUUGAAUAAAUUAGAUUGUAUUCGUGCAUGCUUGAUUGUUAUUUAGAUUUCUUAAUAGAAAAACUUAGUGCAAAUCGAAUCCAACUGCACAUUCAAUGAUGGUUUGCAUUCUUGUAUAAGUAACAUCUCGUAGACAAGGCAUUCAAAUUUGUUUCUGCAUAUUUUGAGGACCGAGAAAUUAACUUAAUAAGACAUUUACCAGAUGGUAAAUGUAGUUAAUGGAACAUGAAGCCCCAGGGGGGGGUAGGCUAAGGUAGCCUGCCCCAAUGUAUGCUCUGUUCGAUCUUUAAAGCCUUAUUUAUGAACGAAAGCACACUAAUGUUAAGAUACAAGCAAAAGCUGGUCGUGGUUGGAACCUGACUAAUUUGUCGUAUGUUUGUCAUCAUAUUAUUCUUAGCAUCGCGCAGAUUGGUCCCUGUUUUCAAGGCCCUAUUCAUGGCUAGACUUUAAUCAUGAUAAGUCUAGGUCGCUUAUGGUACAACUGUAUUCAUUGGUCGAGAUUUGAGACACUGUCUAGCUAUAAAGUUCUGCUAUUUCAGACCUGGAAAUUAUUCGCCUAGCUUGCACGAAAGCAAACAGUUACAGUAAUUUUGUUACCCACCCUCCCUCCCUAUGGAGGAGUUUUGUUGUGUUAGGUAUCAAUAAAAUUUGGGGGGUUACUCCUUGUGGUGCGGUUAAGUCUGCGUAGCGACUUCCCCCAAGCUUUUGGUAUUGCUUGUGUCUUACCAUCUUAUUCAUUUGCCUUAAUCUUGUCCGAUCCAGCCCGUGUGGCGCUGGGGAGAUAAGAAAGGCUCUGCCAAUACUCUUGUCCUACCCCACGGUAGUGGGGCGAUAAGUGAGGCUAGUGUUUUUGCUGUGCGCAUAACCUGAAGUCGCUAGAACCUGCCACAGGGCUGUGUCCCCCCCUUAUUAUGCCAUCUUGUAGUAAUUGUCUUAUUUGCCUGUGUGCGCUAUUUAGUUGUGUUACCUUCUCAUGCGUAUCUUAAGCGGAAUAGUGAUAUUAACGUAAACUUAAUGUUAAAUUACUUAGCUUAAGGUGUCUCACUCUUGAUAAAUGUUGAGUAACGUUUUUAAGUUUCAAUGCCUCAACAAGCGACUAUCUGCUCUUUUUAAUCCCAACAAUUUAAUAUUAUAAAAGUACAUUAAUCAUGUCAAAAAAAAAUUAUAAUAAAAUAAAGCAAAAAGGGGUAACCUAAUAACUUUAUAUACAUGGGUGCAUUCUGAUUUUUCUCUUCUGCCUUCCUCAACUCCUCCCACCCCCCACUUGCAACCAUGCUUUGUGCUGUGCUGUUUUGUCUCUCUUCUUAGGUUACAUUUUAAAAAAGAGAUGUCCUUAACAGGUUACGUUGAACCUUAUGCAAUGAAUUUUUCACCGUUUACAUGUACCAUAUUUAUCAUUUGUUUGUUUGCUCUUGUUUUCAAAGGGAUUCUUGUGUUGGAUUCAAAAAUGCAGUUAACUGCAGGUAAAAGUAAUGACUCCAUUGUGCAACGCUUACAAUGGCAAGUUGUAAGGUCACAAAGAAAAUUUCAGUACCCUGCAUGUCAUGUUUAUCAACACAGGACCAAACUGGCUUUAUUUUUUUUUUUCACUCUUGUCUACUUAGGUACAAGAUUAUUAUUUGACUUAUUUUAACUCUAGCCAUAAUAUCAAGCAUUGAUUAACAUAGCUAAUAGUUUAUUCCAUUCCAUAGUUAUUUUUGUUGUAGCUGAUCAAUUUUGUACAUAUUGAACUCUUAUUAAUAUUAAACUGUAAUUUUUAAGGUGUUUCAACAAGUGGGAAGGCUUUUAAACAUCCUGGUCGAGUUGGGGACUCACCCCUUCCUGGGUCUGGACUGUAUGCUGAUGAUGAGGUAAGGUACCUGUUUCCCUAAUGAAGAGAAGUCCAGUCAAUCGCUUGAGGAAACAGGGGUGUUCAAAAGAAGCCGGCUGCCAGCAAAAAUCGCUGCCUACGUGGCUAAUAUCAGCCGGCGACUCUGCUUGGCAUUUCUUUUCAAUAGAAUAUCCCUGGACUUACUUUGACAACUCAGCUGUCUACGUCAAAACUUUCUGACAACCCUGGGAAAGCAUAUAAAACCAAGAAAUCCCAUCUUGAAUAGACCUUUUGAUGAUCUUUUCUGAUGUUAAUCAUAGUAUGAUUGUUAUUUGGAAAAUAACCAUGCUGGGACAGCUGGGUGCAAAGCAGUUAUUUGUGAAGUUCUUACUGCAGAUUUUAAAGUUUAUUAUUGAUAGCAAAGGUUGCUCUUGUUUACUAUAAAAUUUUGAAUAUGAAAUUGACUGAUCAAACUGUCAUGCGAUUAUGUCACAAACAUAGUAAAACAUUAUCCAAUGCCCCAGAUAAUAUUAUUGCUGAAGGUAAUGGCUGCAGACGAGUAACAACAACUAACAUUCAUGCCUCUCUUGGAAAGCUUUGCGUUCUAAUAAAUUCAUCCCCCUUUGGGCAACAUUUGUUUCCUAGCCUAAGGAUGUUUUGAAAAUUAUUAGAUGUCUGUUGUUGGACUGAGCCACUGGGUUGUCAAAACUGCAAUGAUAAUAAAAUUGUUGUCAAAAUAUUUAUAAUAAUAUUCCUUCUCCUCUUCUUCACAGGUUGGAGCUGCAGCAGGUCAGUUUAACAAUACCAUAAACUUCCGGUUAUAAGCCGUGGGCUAAUACAACUUUGUAAGGGGUUUAAGGAGGGCUUAUAGACAAGGGGCUUAUAUUCGGGGGGCUUAUAUUCGGGGAGCUUACAACCAGACUAAAAAAAGUGUUUCAAAACAAGCUACUUAGCAGUGGUGAUCAAUUGAAUUUGAUCAUUGAUCAAUUUACGGUAUUUAGAAUCCACAAUAAUAAAGAUACUCUCCAAGGUAUACCUCAGGUGAAAAUGAAUGACAUCAAUUUCCAAUGUUUUGUCAUAAAUAAAUGAAUUCGAAGACUCUAAUAUUUAAGUGCAUAUAAUGCACUCACACAGCUUUGAACUAACUUUAAAGAUAUUAAGUCAGUUUCCACCAGACGAUUGUUUUUGCAUCUUGUUCUCGGUCUGUUUUGCUCUAAGUUCUCUCUAUUUGUGAGAUUUAGCUUGGAGCUCCCAAGUUACAACAUAAUGACAACAUGUUUACUUGAAGUUGCCAGGAAGGGGGUAUUAUUUUUUAAGGAAGGUGAGUUUUGAACAUGAAGGUCAGGCAUUUGAAGGAAUCAGUGGUUAUAAAGUAAAGUAGGAGAGUUAGAGAAGGUAAGUAGAGUAACACCCAUUGUGGUACUUAAGCCUGUGUAGCCGGCAGUAAAUUUGCCUGGCGACGGGGGAACUGAGCAGCAAAGCCAUAAAAGCGUGUACGAACAAGCUGCAAAGUAGCAAGAGAAAAUUCUGCCCCAUUCUCCUUGCAUACUUACUGCCAGUCUGCGAGCGAGGAUGUGAAGGUUGGCGGUGAGCUGUCUACAUGCGUGGCGAUGGUGAAGAUGAUUUCCCAAAUUAUACUCUUUCUCUUCCCUUGACCAUGCUGAUUAUUUUAACUUACAGCAACUGGCGAUGGUGACAAUAUGAUGAGAUUUUGUCCAGCUUUUCAUACAGUCCAGCUGAUGAAACAGGUACGUAUAGGUUUCAUCGUGACUUUCAGUAAUCAGGAAAAAAUUUCUAUUGGUUUUUUGGAGCAAAAGAACCCACCAAUCAUCAUCAUCAUCAUCAUCAUCAUUAUUACAAAUACGACACUUCCUAUAAGCCUCUCGUCAUGUACUCCUUCAUAACACAGACAUUUCAGAUAUUUAUUCCAAAGAUAAUGCAGCCCCUGCUCCAUAACAAGAACGAUAGCCCAACCCCCCUCCCCAAAGAAGAGUGGGAAGGUGGGGUCACAGGAUACACAGUGACGGGGAUGAUGGAAGGCCUUCGGGGGUUUUAAAAUUUAACGAUUUUGAGAUUUUUUGUUUAGAACGAUUUUAGCAAGUAUUUUUGGGAUUGCCUAAUUUACGUUGAAAUUUUUUUUGGUGAUGUGAGCCCUCAAGACCCCUGAAUGGGACGUUUCACGUUAACGUACAUGCACUCUCAGAAAAUACCACACUUUUAGUUACUUUGAGAGAGGCUAAAAAAUACAAAAUGCCAGAGGCGUAGCCAGCCCAUAGGCCGUUAGGCACGGGCCUACGAAUUGUCGGUUUGAUCACUCUACCACUUCAUGUGAUAAAUUAUGUGUUGUUGGGGUGAGCUUAAUAGCUUAAGAGCUCAAAGUGUUUGUGAGGUCAGUGCGUACUAGUCAUGUGUGCAAUUUUCAGGAUAUGUGGAAAUGAAAAUCAGCCAGGCCUCCAACUAGCCGAAAGGAUGGCUACGCCCCUGCAAAAUGCGAUUUUGGGAGGCUAUUCUUUUUGUUCCAAGAGUUUUUAAAGGAUUUCAAUUUUUUGUACGUUCUCGUCUGAUCAUUCCCGUCAAUUUGAAUUCAAAAUGGCUCCUAGAUGGACAUACUCUACAAUGUGGACACAAGAGCUCACAAGGGUCUGUCCCUUGGUGGUCAUAUUUUGAAAAGAUGUUCGACUAUGAUGGAGGCACGUCAGGGGCAUUUUUUUCUUGUCCCAAUUUUUGUGUUUUGUUUAUGUACAGGAAUACUUGCUUUGCGCGCUACAAUUUCUUGAGGCCUGCUAAUAUUUUUUUCCCUUUUAAAAAGGACUUGUGCCCGAAUAGGUCAUCAUUUUAUUCGUACAAACGAGAAAAGUCUUCCGACAUCCUGACUUUAAUUUCUUUAAUUACUGUGCAAUCUUCGGCUACAAAAUGGUAGUCUUUAGCAUUACACUGGCACGGUCGUCACGUCCACUGCAGAACAUGUCGAGCAUGCGCACAUGUAAGUGGCGACGUUCUCCUCAGAAUUGUCCGUUGACCGACCGUUAUUGGCUGUUCUGCAAUUUCCGCAGAACACAAAAAUGUGCCAUUGAACGCUUUUAAAUAGUAGUUUUAAGGCAACUGCGCUGUUUUUCCUUUUAAUAUUUAGAGUUAGUUUACCCUGGCAAAGAUAGUCACGCGCUUUUUUGCAAAGGGAUUUACAAUCGAACCUCCACUAACGACCACCUCUCUACAACGGCCAAUUUGUUUUGGCGGACUGUUCUGACAUUGCCUGUCUAAGCUUCUCUACAAGAGCCACUUCCUUUUGUCCCCAAGGUGGCAGUUGUGGAAAGGUUCAACUGUAUUUCUAAAAUGUAUGCACAGGCUAAUCUAUAUCUUGUGCUGCAACUUUACACACCGUUAAAUUCCGCAGGUAUAGAACGCAUUUAUUUGAAAAUUAGCAAUAGCAAUCUGUGACUUUAUGCAGACUUACCAUAAAGAUACCAAAAAGAAAAGAAGCAAACUAAACCCAAUUAUUGGAGAACUUUUCUGUUUUUUGCGCCGAGAGUUCCCAGUCGCUGAAACAAGUUACUUAAAAAGUACUUUAAAUUUAUUUGCCAUUGAUGUGAACAGGGAUACUCCCCACAAGAAUCAUGUGAAAUUGUGGUGAAAGAAUCACAGCGGAAAGCAGGAACAACAGCAAAACCUUUUGAGAUGGCCUUGAUUGCAUUGAACAGAAAGGUAACUCAAGCUACAACCAGUUGCAAAAGUACCGGAGACACUGUACCGUAUUUUGGCUUAAAUGGCCAGUCUGUGAUCUUGUGCUUGUGAUCCCUCCUCCUCCCUUUAUGAAAGUUGGUAGCAAUGCAAGACAAUGCUCACAACUUUAAGGAACAACUUUGAAUGGGAGGGAGGAGGGAGAUCAUUAUUAUAUCUCACAGCCCUGUGACUAGCAGCGAUUUGAAGCAAGAAAGGUAGUUUUUUCGUCGGAGUGUCUCGACAUUUAUGCAACUGGUUGUAGCACUUCUUGGAAGUUCAAAUUUUAAUAAUAUUCGUCAUGUAGUAAGAAACUAAUCAACAGCUCCACCCCCUCCCCUCCCUGCCCUUCCUCCCUUUUUUUACACCAACAACAAACUUUAAUUCAAAAUAAACAGAUAAUAUCACAGAGGCACUGCCCGCAGCGACUCAAGGCUAUUCGAGGCGGGACAGUGCGUGCAAAAUGAAAUUGAGAUGAAGCCUAACCAUAGUUAUUAAAGUGGAAUGGUUACGAAACCGGUUAAACUCUUUUGUUCAUGUUUUUGUUCGCUUUUUUGGACCCGACCGUACACAACGCUCAAAAGCAUUCCUAUCAUUUUGAAAUUACUGACUAAUAGAAACAUCCUAUUAAUUUAUUUUGUCACAAUUUAUGAACAAAAAACAAAGGAUUGUGAACGGUCAGGGAGCUACCAACAUAAAGUAAAACACCUUUUGUGUCCUAAAUACGACGAAAAACACGUUGCAGAUUAUGAGUCUCGCUCCUUACGCAAGCGAGACUAAUAAUUGUGGUUAGUGCUCCCAGGUGAAAUUUGUUUGGUAUUCUCUUCAUAACGCGUUUCGGAAAAGUUCUUAAUUUAAUCUUUCCUAAGCUUUUUUCGGAAAACAUGCAUGGCUUUGAUCACGCAACGAUUCUUAGUCCCAGUUUCCACGGACUCCGCUAGGAACGCCUGGCACAAUGACCCCCUUUUGUGUCCUAAAUACGACACAAAACGCGUUGCAGAAUGAGUCUCGCUGCUUACGCAAGCGAGACUGACAAUAAUUUAGUUAAAAUAUAGAGUUUUUUGGGUGCAAAUUUUUCUGAUGGGUGGCAAUAAAAUGUUGGUUUACAAGCGUAUUUGAAGAACGGUUUUUGUUUUACUUUUUUCAGGGUGAAGUUGGUGCGGCUUCGACCGUCCCCCUUUUUGAGGACAAAAGAUUAAACUCUAAGUACUCAGGAUUUCCAUUUGUCGUUUGGACUGAACAGAUGACCACUCCGGAAAUAAGAGUGCAACCUCCAGUUUGUUUACAGUGAUUGAAUACAACUUACGGCAAUUAUUCAGAAUAACUUCCGCUAUUGUGCCUGGCCUGUCACCGCCGUAGCCAGUAUGAGGCGAACCGAGGCACUCGCCUCGGUAAAAUUUUACCAAAUACUGUCGAUUUUUAUUUUUUUUAUCAGACUGAUAAUAUUAGAAGAUUUCAUACGGCUGAUUUUGUACAACGGACC